AGAACGUCAUCACGACAUUUCCGUACGUUUUACGACUGUUUUGGAGGUUUCUUCAAAAUGGAGUAAACCCCCAAGCAUUUAAACAGUAACAGCUUUAUGUUAAUCUUCUAAACGGACUUACUGUAACAGAGUUUGACUUUGGGCGAAUUACUGACCAUACAACAAUGACGGAGGAAAAGAAGUCCAGCUCCUUAGGUUUCUUCUCCAGCUACGAUGAUUUAAGCGACAGCAGCGACUCAGACGAGGAAGAGAGAGGUAGUCAGAAGAAUACGGGUUCGGAAGAAGCGUCUCAGCAACACGGGGCUAAAAGAGCUUCUGGUGGAGCUCCAUUGCCCAAACCGGAUGAACUGUUCAGCUCUGUGUCCAAGCCUUCUUUUCUCUACAACCCCCUGAAUAAAGAGAUAGACUGGGACAGCCUGGCUGUCAAAGCCCCUGAAGAGCCUAUCAGAGAGUUUAAACCAUGGAAGACAAAUGCAGUGCCACCUCCUGAAAGCUAUGCUGCUGAGCCAGAGAAGAAGAAGGGACCUCCACCCGGCAUGGACAUGGCUAUAAAGUGGUCCAGUGUGUAUGAGGACAACGGAGAAGAUGCACCACAUGCUUACACUGGCAAAGCCCGGUUCUUACCCGAUGAAGAGCAGCAGCACUCAGACUCAGAUGGAGAAACAGAUCUAUCCGGCCUCUCUGCCAAGAAACGUCGAGUGGAGACUUUCCGACAGAAGGAGAAGAGGAAAAGAGAUUUGGGUCAAGCCACGUCUGACAAGAAUUUUGUGGAAGAAGAGAAGAGAAUCCUCAGGCAAAAAGCGGACUGACCUUGGAUUUUGUUUGAUGUAUUUUCUUCUACAGCAACAUCCACCCACAUCUGAAAAGUGGUUUACUGUGUAUUAACUAAUUUGUCCAUAAUACAAAGCAAAGUACUCCAUUGCAGUAUGGUACAGUACUGUACUGGAGUACUAAGAACUCCAAAUUAUAAGGAACCCUGCCUGUGUUGACAAAUAAUAAGCUGCUUUCUCAAAGUUUAUCAGCAUUUCUGAAAGGAGCUAUUUGUUUUUAGCCAACAGUGUAGGACUGAUGUGUUGGGGUGAGAUUUACAGUGUGUACACUGUAUUUUGUUUGUUUGUUAUUUUUACUGGCCUGAUAUGAAAGAGGUGCCACAUAAACAUGGAUGGUGAAGUUGUUAAAGUCCAAAUUAGUUGUGAUCUGUUGUCUUUGUUGCUUUUAUUUUUCCAAAAAAUGAAAAAUCUUAGUGUGAAAUGUGUUUCUUCUUUAUUCCUUUGUAUUUUGCGUAACACUUAUUUGAUUUAUUAACAAAUACGGUGAAUUCAGUGACUUGGAAAAUUUGUGAGUAUUUUUAAAAAAAGUUCUUUAAAGAAAGAACAGUUCGAUUCACUAAUAUUUGUUCAGACCGGAGACUGUAAAUAGCAUCUCUAUUUUUGUUUUUCCGGUAAUAAAUGCGUCAGAGGACAAUGAGUUUUAAAUAACUGCGUGUUUUUUCAACUUGUAAACACAAGAGGGCGCCAUGUAACUUUUCUAAAAGUGACUCUUUUGGGCAUUGGCUUAUUUUAUUGCACAUUCUCUAAAACCCACAUCACGUUGUAGAGAUUAUAAUGGUGAUCAAUAACUGAUUUUUUUAAAGUAAACACAAAUACUAUUUGUUGAGCUUUGUGUAUAAUGUCUAUUACUUUCCACAUAUCUAUAUUUGUGAAGUCAUAUUUCUGUAUAUUCACCAUCAAUACCGAGUUGGAACAUUGUUCUGUAUUAUUGCUUUGUUGAUAUCUUUCUUAAUGAUGAUAAAUCUUUGUUUGCUCAUCCUAAAACACAAUGACAAUAAAAUAUAAUUUACUGGAA